CACCGCCAAGACCAAGACCAGCGGAGAGCAGCACCGAGGGGGAGGCGGUGGCGCUGGGCUCACAUUUUCCCCUCGCAGGCCGCCACUAUGUACCGGGCCCGGGAAAUGCGGCAGCAGCGACAGCUCAUCCACGCGUCAGUAGGCCACCUGGAGACCCUUGUGCGCCUCAUCCACGCAUACACACACCUGCCAGAUGCGUGUACACAGCCGUCACACGCGCACACACACUCACCAGACACGCGCAUACCUCUGUCGGACUUGCAUAGACCAUCAUCAGACGCGCACACACACCCAUCUGACACGCACACGGACCAGCUGGACGCACACACACAUACACAACCGUCAAACACAGACACACACCCGUCCAGCAGCAGCAGCACACACACCCACACACACCUGCUGAGCCACCCCACCUACCGCUACGUACACACAUCUGCAAGCACAGAGAACCAGGGAACAGGAGACAGAGACAGAGACAGAGGUGGAGGAGAGAGAGCGGAGAGAGGCGAACGAGGAGGUAGAGGAGGAUCACCACCCCCUCACCAUCCGCACCACCACCACCACCACCCCAGGCGGGCGGUGCGGGAGCAGGUGAAGGAGUCCAUCCCAGCUGUGGUGGUGGGCGUGCUACUCCUGCUGGUGGGAAGCGCCUUGCUCUUCUGGAAUGAGGGCCGUGCGGUACAGACAGCACAGAGUCUGGAUGAGGGCUACAGCAGCAUCCAGCGGGUGAUCAGCGCCAACAUGGUUCACGAGGAGAACAACAACAAGCUGGUUCAUGUGUGGGGGCCGCUGUCUACGUGGCCGGUGCUGGCGGACGAGGCGUAUGGGGUGGAGAUCAAUGCCGUCAAGCUCAAGCGCCGCGUUCAGAUGUUCCAGUGGAUCGAGGAGGAGUCAUCCAUUCGGUCUGAGGACACACCAGGCAUGCCGUCGGACACCUCCUACUCCUACUCCUACGCCUGGCGGGACAAGGUGGUGGACAGCACGGCCUUCAGCAUCCCCUGGGGCCACGACAACCCCAAAACCAUCCCGGUGGAGUCAACCAUCCGGGUGGCCGAGACAGUGUCCGUGGGCGGCUACCGGCUGUCCCCCGCACUGAAGGAGGAGUUCUUCGACUUCACCUCCUUCUCCGGCGACGAGCAGCCAGAGCAGGGGGACGUUAAGCUACACGGCGGAAUGUACUAUCUCACACGCGACAUCUAUAACCCAGACAUUGGUGACCUGCGGAUACAGUUCUACUUCGCUGGGAGAGCUGGGGAGAUGGUCUCGGUGGUGGGACAGCAGCGAGGAGACACCCUGUACCCCUUCCCCACCUUGGCCGGGCGGGAGCUGCUGAUCGUGCGGCAGGGGAAGCUGUCUGUGGAGGAGAUGUUUUCUCUGGAGCACGCCACCAACAGGGGACUGACAUGGGGGCUGCGAAUGGCUGGCUGGUUCCUGCUGUUCCUGGGCCUCUCUUGCCUGUCUCAUAUUGUUCAUUCCUUGGUGUCCACCUCCCCCUUGCUGCGAGACGUCAUCGCCCUCGGUCUGGGGUCUGCCAACCUCACCCUGAGCAUGACCACAUCCCUCAUCAUCGUGGGAGGCGCCUGGGCAGUGUACCGGCCCGGCCUCGCACUCCUCAUCCUCAUUGUGGCCGCGCUUCCCUUCAUCCGCGCCGCCGCCAAGCACAGCCCUCGGACAGCCGCUGGUGGCCUGGGCGGCAGGAGGGCGAAUGGGUACAGGAGGGCUCCGUAAUUUAUGUACGUUUGUGUGUUUGUGUGUGUGUGUGUGAGUGUGUGUGUUAUUUGUGAUGAUGUGCCAAAGAUUAGUGUUAUUGUUGUAUGGGUGUGAGUGUUAUGUGUGUGUAUGUGAGUGUGUGUGUGUGUGUACUGGUUUUUCCUUUGCAUGUGUGUGUGUGUGUGUCAUUAUACACACAAACACCUAUCAGUCAUUCACCAGACAGAUUACCUUACCUCACCACAUUUUACACACACACACACACACACACGCACACACACACACACACACACACCAUUUCAAACACAGCGACGGCUCCAUAUGAUCUAGUUGCUGUGGCGCCUUAUAUAAAUCACUCACUCACUCCAAACACAGCGUCACAAACAGGCUCUCGCAAAGUGUUUUAUCCCACCCCUUCACCCCUGACCCCAUACCCUAACACCCUUCCCAGCGAUCACUGUUAUAAGU